GUGCUGCUGAGGAAGGAGAGCCCCGUGGUGGGGAAGGCACAAAGCUGUGUGUGCCCAUCCCCGAGCAGGUGCUGUGUCCAUCCCCUGUGUGCCAGGAUUUCUCCUUCCCAAAGCUUGGCCAGAUGAAGGAGGCUGCGAGGAAGAGGAAGAUGCCUUGGGCCCCCCAGGCAGGCCCCGAGCUGAGGACGGAGAGCCCGGAGGACAAAUCCCCCCGGCAGAGCCUGGUGGGAGAGGCCGUUUUGAAGGGCUCCCCGGCGCAGGAAGGCAGCGGGGAGGAAAAGGGCCGGAGAUCCCCCCGCAGGAGGGGCUCCAAAGCCAGCCCAGGGUGCUCUGAGGAGGAAAGACCCAGCCUGUGCCGGGAAGGCGGCCGGAGCUUCAGGGGGAGCUCUGACCUGGUGGUCCUUGAGCAGCCUCCCAGCAGGGAGAAGCCCUUCAGGUGCUUGGAAUGUGGGAAGAGCUUCAGGAAGAGCUCGAGCCUCUUCACUCACCAGCACAUCCACACUGGUGUAGGGCCCUACACAUGUGGGGAAUGUGGGAAGAGAUUCAGGCACAGCUCCUCCCUUGUGAAGCACCAGCACAUCCACACUGGGCAGAAGCCCUACAAGUGUGGGGAAUGUGGGAAGAGCUUUAGGCAGAGGUCUGGAAUGAUCCUUCACCAGCACAUCCACACUAGGCAGAAGCCCUACAAGUGUGGGGAAUGUGGGAAGAGCUUUAGGCAGAGCUUUGAAAUGAUCCUACACCAGCACAUCCACACUGGGGAACGGCCGUACAUGUGUGGGGAAUGUGGGAAGAGGUUUCAGACCAGCUCACAUCUCCUCAGGCAUGAGCAGACACAGCACUCACCUUUCGUCAGCAGAAAUGGCUCUAGGUUCUCAUUCAGGCUCUCCUCAUUAUCCAGCACAAAUUUGAGGAUUGAUGCCAGCUCAACCUGUGUCAGAGGAGCCAUGGGGUCAGCAGCUCUGCUGCAGCUCACAGGAAGCAACCACAGCAGACUUGGGGCAGCAGGCAGCUCCCUUGCCUAUCCAUGCUGGUGCCCACACUUGCUGCCACAAGCCUUUGACAGACCAAAAACACCGGUGAGCACUGCAGUACCCACUCCACACUGUCUUUUAAGGGGACCCAGAAUAGGAGGGCAGGUCUCAGAGCACCCCCUGAAAGCCACCGCUGCUCCUGCUGCACCCCAAGGGAGGGAACCCCAGAGGGAUUACCUGGGUCUUGUAGUCAAACUCAUUCCAGUCACCAGGGCUCUUGCAGCUCACAGAGGUGUGAUACAGGAGCAGCACAGCCACCUGAGCAAGGCAGGGAAAGUGUCACUGACCCCACGCCAGUCAUCAGCACCUUGGUGCCAGCCAGGACUAAAGCAUGGCACACAGUAACCUUGGCCAGAGCCAGCUCCUCUCCAUCCACCAGCUUCUGUGCAGAGACCAGGUUCUCUGCAGCCAAUUUGUGCCUGCAGUGCUCUGCAACAAGAAGCAGGAUUCCCUCUGCCCCGAGUGCGGGAAGA